UUACUCAUACCGCGAAUAUUCAAAAGAUUGCGGCAGGAAAGGGCCGCGAAUCGAAUAUGGCGGCCGCAUGUUUAAAUCUACUGGUGGGCGCGUUCUCGAUGAUGAGCAGAAGAAGCAAGCUUCAUUUGACCGAGUACGGCUUCGACGUUGCCACAAGGCUCAAAGCUUAGAAAACGAUUUCGUACAAGAAUUUCAACCGUUUCAUUGACUGUGUUCGUAGUUCCCGGAUUUAAUCGUGUCUGUUUAAUUAUACAAUCGAAUUUGUGUGUAUACAGAAUCGUGUAAAAACUGUCAUGUAAAAAAAAUGACGUUAGCAUGAAUAUGAGGAGGUUGUUUUAGAAGCAAAAAUUACUCUGGGUUCGACGCUGUAAAUAUUACCGAAAAACUCGUACGUUUGUGGAGAAGUCGAAUGUAUUUUUGGUUGUCUUUACUACCCAUCAAGACGAAAUGACUCCACGUAAAACUGUUUCAACUAAAAAGAAAUCGGGUGAAAAGACGAGUACUUCUUCUGGCCGUAAAGUUCUCCAGCGAACAUCUAUUUCUGUUGCAUCUAUCAAAGAGAAGACCAGACAGGGCCUGAAACGAUUAACGAAUAAGGGCGGUAUUCAGAAGCGGACUGUGCAUAAGAGCCCUGCGAAAAUACUGAAAGAAAAUAUUAGCGCGAAUUCUAGAAAAACCAAUACUUCUAUCAAAAGCCCAGCCAUCAAGGUUUUUCGUCCGCGCAGUGACGAAAAUUAUACCCCACAAAGACAACAACCAUCGAGAAAGGUUAAAACCUGCAAAGGCCCCAAGCAACAAUACGAAAGUGAGUUCGAAAAACGUCGGAUACCUGUGUCAGUGUCGUCAGCUUUGCAAGAGAUGAAAGGUAACAUUUCCAAAGCCUUGGAAACAGUGUCAACGAAGCUCAAAAUUAAUCGCGGGGAACGACGCAGUAUCCGUCAGUCGGCCUAUGAUCCAUUGCUGAGUUCUGACACCCCAGUGAAACUUUAUUCGCCGUUUACGAUUGGCGACUUUGAGCACACUCCGACAGGUGAAAGAUCAUCAGAACACUCUGCAAAGCGUAACGGUCGUGUGCAGACGGCGUCUACGUCAAAUCGAACAACCCCAAGAAAUCGCGGCGGAAAGAUUCAGAGUGUAAAACACGGAGCAAACGUAAGCAGGAAUCUUCUCGAUACUCCCACCGGAAAGUUUCGCCAAGAUCUUGAGGAUAUGACAAAAGGCUUUAAAGAACUGACCUCACUUGCGAAACGGUUGAACGAUCGUGUACAACAGGAGUAGAUUUGGGGUUGAAAGCAAAAGCUGAACUAUCCUAUUUGCAGCUUUGCUAUGCCCCACCUUGCGAAGUCUGGAUAUGCAUACGCUUUAAUCUGCAGUUUUGUUCAACAUGCCACAAUAAGUAUUGGGAUCCCCUAUGCUCAAAUUGUGUAAGGUUCCUAUUAGAGUAAUCGGAAAGAAAGCCACUUUCUCAUAUUUUGAAGCUAUUUAAUAAUAAUUACUACAAAAAAUGGCGUUCCAACUGUUAAUCUGGCAUAUGUUACCUGCUAACUGAUUUUCAUGUAGUAGGCGUUUAGUACCCAUGAAUGACAUUUUUAUUUAAAGCCGUACUAGAUUACAUAAUAAUUUCAAGUCGAAUAAGCUUUCCAGAGUGGUACUGUCUUUUCUGAACAGAUCAGUUUAGAGCGAAGUGCAGAACUCGCACAGAAUUAAUUGACUAAGCCAAACAGACAACUACUUUACUAUUGCAGCUAGCUUAAAAAUCUCGUAAGGAAAAAAAGCAUCUGUAUUUUUCCACUUUUUUUUCUAGCUCCCUCUUCAUUCCUGGCAGACCCAAAAAUCAUCAGCUAUAUACGAUUAUGAUGCAUAUUGUUAACUCCAAAAUAUUAAUAUUUUUUUUUUUAAAUAAAGCUUCAGCCUAAGUAAAAUAAGUCGACAUGGUGAAUAUGCUAUUAUUCUACUGACACCCGCCUCCGUCUUUUACUUCGAAUAUUAAGGGAAACGAGUUUGGAACUACGCACAAAUUUCAGCUGUAAAUUAAAGAAGAUUUCUACUAUUGUGAUUAUAACGAUACUUUUGUUACUCCUGUUAAUCGCGCCAAAUAUAGUCAUAAUUUCAACCCUUUUCAGUAAUCUCUUUCUUUUUUCAAUAUAAAUUCUUUUUAAUCAGUGUCGUCCUGGAUUGUUCUCAACUAUUUUAUAGCAGCAUAAAUACUACAUGGAUGGCAAUGCCUCUACGUUUUGUCGAAUCAUUAAUAAACAAAAAAUGUCAACUCGAAGCAGAUCGUUUCCCUCACCCACUCAGUGUCUAAAGCCCUAUGCAGUAAACACGAGUCCAUAAAACAGUUUAUGGCAUCGCCUACCAUAUUAUCUAUUUGUCAUUAAAAUGCAAUCAUAUCUAAAAACCGUCAAUUUUCUGCUAUGCUACAAUGUUACCUAACGCCCAAAUUGCUAGCUUAUCUUUUUGUACUUCACGUGUGUACUUGCUGGUAUUUUUGGCUGGCAGGGUUGCUAAAUCUUAGAUAUAAAGAAGGCCCUAUCUACACUUGGCAGUACGUGCUAGAGACACGCAAAAAACAACUGAACUGUACACAGAUUUUAAAAAUAAACGCACUUCAAACUUUUACCAGUCUAAAUCUUAUUUCGAAUACAUCGUUCUACGUUUGUUGCCCUUAGCAGCAAUUCUUUAUUUAAAUGCGCAUAUCAUUCAUCUUCAAUACUAGGAAUUACAGCAUAUUGGUGUCGGGCUCUAAUUGAUUACUACGUUUUUCUAACUUCGUGCGCUAACCUUUCGAAAUAUAGUUAUAGUGUCAUCGAAGAACUGCGUAACGGAAGUACCGAAUUUAUAUCUAGCAGAAUGUCUAUGAUAUGCAGAUGGUAUUAGUCCACAAAUUUUCACCUAUAAAUCAGAUACCAUCGAUUACGUCACAGAUCCGAUAUUUACGAUGAAACUAUCCCAUUCUUUGGUCUAUAUCAUUUUUAUUAUUAUUAUAAAAGGAGUAACAGCUAAGACAAAAUUCGCGCUAUCGCAAAUGUUUCUUUU